AAAGGAACACCAAUGCGGAUGUCCUGCAUAGAAGAAGAAAUUGACCGCAUGAAUGGGUCUUUCUUGCAACUGAGCAUGCAGCUACAAAAGAGAGCUCAAAUGAGCACAUGGCUGAAGGAAAGAGAGAAUAGUGGGGGCAAACAUUCUGCGAGGGCAACACCAACAAGCAUGCCAAGCCUGAGUCGUAAUGGAACAAUCCUGCUGGAACUAAAGAGACGCUACGUAUCACAGCGCCUCAAUGAGCUCCAAAUCACAUUAGGCCACAUCAGACAGAGCCAGCAUGACAGCAAGUCAAAUGAAGGGACAAGAAGCAGUAUGGAACCAGACAGCAGCACCACUCAGCAGGGGCAGGGGGAGCAUUAUUCUGGCGUGGAAGGCAGUGGCUGCAGUCCGGCUGACAGCCAGCAGCAGGACAGUAUUCUAGCUAGCAAGAGUCACAGCCAGCAAAGAGUAGAGAGCAGAGGUCUCGGUAACUAUAAACUGGAGAGUCAUAUUUCUGACCAGCAGAGGAGUGACACUGUCCAGAGCAACAACCCUGACACAGUACAGGACUGCCAGAUGCCGGAGAGCCAAGAUCAGCUGCAUCGUAAUGUCCCACAAAAGCAGGAGCUAAGCAGUCAGAUCACAAUAGGAAACACAACUGGACAUACAGAUAUUGAUGAAAUGUGGGAGUCUAUUGAUCAGAAUCUAAACGUAGAUCAAAGAUGA